CCAAAAAAAAUAUUGAGAAUUUAGUAUUUAAGUAGAUGUGUGAAUAAUUUUCAAUUGAGUGCUUCAAAUUCAACUCUUGUGUUUGAAGUUUAAAACGCAGACAGACAGAAACUGCACGUGAUGAUGCGGUUACUGUGACCACAAUGCCACUUUCCCUCAUUUUUACGUUUGCAUCAUCCCAAAAUCGAUUUUAUUCUUCCAUAAUCACUUUUUUCACCAAGCCCAGAUAACUACGUGUCACUCUUUCUUAUAAUUCUAUCUCACUCUUACUAAAUUGAGGUCUUGUUUUCCGGAUAUGGGUUCGUUUUUCAGCGUGGCGAAGAAUACUAAUUCGGAUCAAAGUGAGUGGGAUGGAGUCUCUUUGAAUGAUACAUGUAAGAGGCAAAGAAUGUCGCCUACUGUUGAUGAAGAGAAUCCAAGACUGUUUCCAAAUCUCCCUGAUGAGGUUUCGAUUCAGAUUAUUGCUAGACUUCCGAGAAUUUGUUACUUCAAUGUGAGGAUGGUGUCGAGGAAGUGGAAGUCGACUGUCACGAGUUCGGAACUAUAUAAAGUAAGAAAAGAACUCGGGACAACGGAAGAGUGGCUGUAUUUGUUGGUUAAGUUAGGAGAAAAUAAGCUUCUGUGGCAUGCCGUAGAUCCGAGGUCAAGGAUAUGGCAGAGAUUGCCUACUAUGCCUAAUGUUGUUGAUGAAGAAGAAUCUAAAAAGGGUUCUUCUAGGCUUUGGAUGUGGAAUAUGGUGGAAGGUAUUAGAAUUGCUGAAGUUAUUAGAGGCUUUCUUGGAAAGAGGGAUGCAUUUGAUGAAAUGCCCUUUUGCGGUUGUGCUAUUGGAGCUGUUGGUGGAUGUCUCUAUGUUCUAGGUGGAUUCUCUAAAGCUUCGACUAUGAGAUGUGUCUGGAGAUUCGACCCAAUGCAGAAUACGUGGAGCAAGGUGACUUCUAUGUCUACUGGUCGGGCAUACUGUAAGACAGGGAUCUUAAAUGACAAGCUUUAUGUUGUUGGAGGGGUUAGUCAAGGUCCAGCUGGAUUGAUACCUCUUCAAUCUGCUGAAGUUUUUGAUCCCUCGACAGGUACAUGGUCGGACGUGCCUAGUAUGCCAUUCUCGAGAGCUCAGGUUCUCCCCAACGCUUUCUUGGCCGACAUGUUAAAGCCGAUUGCCACAGGGUUGACAGCAUACAUGGGAAGGUUAUGUGUUCCACAAAGUUUAUAUUCAUGGCCCUUUUUUGUUGAUGUUGGAGGAGAAAUCUAUGAUCCUGAAACAAACUCAUGGAUAGAAAUGCCACUUGGAAUGGGCGAAGGUUGGCCCGCACGGCAAGCAGGUACAAAAUUGAGUGUCGUAGUGGAUGGCGAAUUAUAUGCUUUUGAUCCUUCCAAUACUAUGGACAGUGGAAGGAUCAAGGUAUAUGAUCAAGGAGAAGAUGCUUGGAAAGUUGUCAUUGGAAAAGUCCCUAUAUAUGGUUCAGAUGAUUCAGAAUCUCCUUAUCUACUUGCUGGUUUCCAUGGAAAACUUCAUGUCAUCACAAAAGAUGCUGAUCAUAACAUUGCUGUUCUGCAGGCCGAGCUGCGCAGUAAUUUGGAUUCUUCACCAUCAUCACCCUCCUCAACACUGUCACAAAGUUCCUUACAUGAAAAUGCGGACCCGCCGGCCGAAACAGACGCAGUUGUUUGGAAGAUAGUUGCUAGUAGGUGUUUGGGACAGGCUGAACUAGUUAGUUGCCAAGUAAUUGAUAUGUAGCUACAAAUAAACCAAGCAAUAAAUGUGACAGAAAAUCUUUGAAUGGUUUGGUUUGUUGGAAGUUAGUUACUGCAUUGAGUUAGUUAGCCUCCAAGGACUGAGUCCAUUUGGAUUUUGAGUAAGGUGUCAAUAAAGUGAAGAGUAUACUGUUAUAGUUUUGCUUGUACCUAUUGAUAUAUUUACCUAGUAAAUAAGUCCUAUUGGAACUGUGAUUUUGUACACUGACAUUAUAGAAUAAUAUCAGAGAAAGAAAUUUAUAACA